CUUCUGCUCGACGGGACCUCUUCAAGGGCUGAUAGACCCUUCAAGAUCUUUGUCUUUGAGAUUUGAAAGUCUUUUUCCUGUAGUUGUCAGCGCAGGAGACCUCUGUGUUCUUCUUGAAAUCUUAGUCUGCAGAUAUUCAAGGGUGUUGCAGCGAAGAAACCUCCUCCUAAAUGCUGACUGAGCCGUGUGCCCUGAUGGGAUCGGACGUCAGAGACCUGAGCGCCCUGUUUCCAGCGGUCCCAGCGCUGCCGGGGAGGGACUCCAACUGUUCCCUGCCCCUCGGCGGAGCUCCGCAGUGGGGACCGAUGCUGGACUUUCACCCGGCCUCCCCGUACGGAUCUCUUCCCUCACACUCCUUCGUCAAACAGGAGCCGGUCUGGGGGCCCGCAGACCCCCACGAGGAUCCUCACUGCGGUUUGGGGGCCUUCACCGUGCACUUCUCAGGCCAGCUCACAGGGAUGCCGUUUGCCGAUUCUCCCUCCAGCCAGAGCCGGAUGUUCUCCGGAGGGCCGUAUCUGGAGAACCCUCCUGUCCCGCGCAACCAGGGUUAUGGUACAGUAGCAUUUGAUGGAGCUCCCAGCUACGGUCACACACCUUCACACCACACACCUCCGUUCCCCAACAAUACCUUCAAACACGAGGACCCCAUGUCCCCACAAAGCACUAUGGGUGAGCAACAGUACCCCGUCCCACCACCUGUCUAUCCUCCUGACAGUCAGACCCUGCUUUUGAGGAACAGCUUCAACAGUGAUAAUCGGUACCAAAUGGCGUCACAGUUAGAGUGUGUUUCCUGGAAUCCUGUGACACCCAGUGUAAAGAGUCACAGUGGCAGUUAUGAGGCCGACCCCAUGGUGUACAGCUGCAGCACACAGUAUCACAUACACACACAUGGUGUGUUCAGAGGAUUACAGGAUGUGCGGAGAGUACCAGGCAUCACUCCCUCCAUUAAAUCAUCAGAGAGCAGCGAGAAGCGUCCGUUCAUGUGCUCUUACCCAGGCUGUAGUAAGAGGUACUUCAAACUGUCCCAUCUGCAGAUGCACGGCAGGAAGCACACAGGUGAGAAGCCCUACCAGUGUGACUACACAGGCUGUGGCCGCAGGUUCUCCAGAUCUGACCAGCUCAAGAGACACCAGCGCAGACACACAGGCGUCAAACCCUUUCAGUGUGAGACAUGUCAAAGAAAGUUUUCACGCUCAGACCACCUUAAAACCCACACUCGGACUCAUACAGGUAAAACAAGCGAGAAGCCGUUCACGUGCCGCUGGCCCAGCUGUCAGAAGAAGUUCGCUCGCUCAGAUGAGCUGGUCAGGCAUCACAGUAUGCAUCAGAGAAACAUGAACAAGUUCCAGUCUGCUAUAUGAGACACUGUACAUACACACACACACACUGUAUAUAGACACUCAGUAGUGAAGACCUGUCAGUCAGUCAACUACAGCGGUGACAUGAAAUGCAACUGUACUACAUUAUCAAAGCAUCCCUGUAAGAAACAAAUGUUACUGAAUGCAUACAAAUAUGCACUUAUAAAGGAAGUUUUGCCAUAUUGUAUUUGACAUGGGAACUCUGUCUG